UCUUAUAAGUUCAAAUUAUUUUAUCAAUGAGAAAUAUGUACUAUCUUAAAAUGAUCUUAGAUAAGUUGAUUAAGAAUGAAUAAAUGAAAGGAGGGCAGUGAGUCCUCUAGGCGACCUUGAGUGUUACACCAUUUCUCUACAAUCAGCCACAACCUUACAUUACUGAGUUUUAGAGUUUACAUCACAGAGUGUCAGAGUUUACAUCGCUAGUUCAGGCUGAAGGACUUUAUUACUCACAACGGGACUACAUUAUCUCUUACCUUUUGAAGACUAGACACAUGAACUUCUUGUGUGAUACCUUCCUCUAACCACCAGCACGUCGAACUACAAUAUGUCGCUACAACACUGCUUAUCCCUAGGACUGUUGGUCUUUCUUGCUGUUACCACUCAAGGUGCUGAACCUGUAACGGAUAAUGAGCUGAAAACCCUCAGUGAAAAUUUACUGAGGAAAGACAACACCAAUGACUCGUUGCAAGUUACGGUGAAGACACAAGGAGCGACAAGAGCCUAUGCUACCAUUGACCAGGCCCCUCUGCGUUUGCUGGAACUGAAGCCGUCAGUAAAACGGGUACCUACUGUGGCAAAACUGAUUGCUCUUUAUGACAACUAUGAUCCAGACACCACCCAUAACGAGGUAGUCACCCCUGCAGAGAGGAAAGAGGAGUCAGACUUCUUGGAUGCUGUCUUAGACACUCCAACAUGGACUUACGCCAUCAACUUCCUCAAAUCAAAGGGUUAUGUAAAAGGCACCAAAGCUGACAUGAAAGAAGUGCUCAAGAAGAUUUGGUUCACUGUUUAUUCAAGAGGAAACCGCAAAAUGGGGUCAUCAGCGUUUGAGCAUGUGUUCUUGGGCGAGAUAAAACGUGGUGAGGUGUCAGGUUUACACAACUGGAUCUUCUUUAAUAAUGAAGAGGAGAAAAACCGAUUGAAUUACAUGGGCUACAUGCAGACUGUAGACUUCAAUGGGAAAGGAGGUAUUAUCAAGCUGCAUUACACUUGGAAUGGAGUAACUAAACCUGUCGGUUCCAUAUUUGUGGGAACCAGUCCUGAGCUGGAGUUAGCUCUGUACACAGUCUGUUACUUUGCACGACCCAAUAACAAGUGCUUCCUGCGUCUCAAUGGCAAGCCCUUGUACAUUCAGACCUACACCUUCAACUCUCGCAACGAGAAACUCAUUGGAAGUGCCUUCCCAAGCGUCGCUUAGAUUAACAUCAUUUGCAUAUUACCUUUGCUGUUCAUGCUACUAGUGGUUAUAGAGGCAAAAUAGUUACCUUUUUAAAAGAGUAGUAUAUAUUUUCCAGAGAAUGUUUUACAACUAGUUAAAAGUUCACUGUUUACUGAAACACAGGUUAAUUCCGAAUUAUUUAGAAUUUCAGAGAAAGCGAUAAAUUAUAUUACAAUAUUGUGUAUAAUAAGAUCUACAGUUUUCUUUUUUCAAGCGUGGUUAAUGAAGAACACUAUAAAAUAUUUUUAUAGUGCUUUAAUUAUAAGUGAUAUUUUCCAAUGAAAUAUUGAAUAGCUACUGUUACAGGUAUUAUAAAUCACGAAUUAAUACAAAUGUGUUACAAUAAUCAUAAAUAAACAAUUUUACUUUUAGUAAUUUAACAACUUGACUUCGAUUAGUUUUUAGACAUAUUGCAUUCCAUGGCUAUAAAGAGAUUAUUUGUAUCUUGUAUAACAGGACAUAUUUUUAAUGUCUUUCCUUUUAGCAUUUUUUAUUGUGUAGGUUUUAUUAGACAGUUUAUAUCAGUAGGUUAUUUUACUGCACCACAAUUAAACAUCAUAUUUUUUUAUGCACUCUAUGCUCACAAGACAACAUACUCAUUAAAUGUGAUUUUUAUCUAGUAAAACUGUUUAGUUAUGAUUAGGCUUUUUGUUUGGUUUAAAAUUUUAAAACUUUCAAAAACUAUUUGUUGGAAGUUAAAAUGAUUAAGUAACCCAAAAAUAAUCAAAAGAAGUAGAUAAUUUAUAGAAUAGUUUGUAGUAUGUAAAUACAAUCUGUAUAAUAUAUAGUUACAGAACAUAGCUUACAACUUAAUUUAAUAAAAUAACUUAUAGUAAGGCAAAGAUUCUAGUUUACUUCAAAAGCCAAUAAUACAAGUAGUUUGUAUACUUAUACUCAUACUUGUAUACUUAUAUGUAGAGUAAAAUAUCAAAUACUUGUCUGUCACUAUUUACUAUUAAUAACAUGUUUUGUAAUAUAGUUCUAUAAACUAAUAUAUUUUUAUAUGACCUAAUCUUUGUUGUAGAAUUUGUAUUUUAUUUAAACAUCAUGUUUUAUAGGGAAGUAGCUUCAUGAUUACAAAGACUUAUUUGUACUCCAAAUUUUUUUAAGAUUUCAAUCUUAAAAAAAUCUAUAAGACAGUAUUGUAGUUGACAAGUUUUAGCUGGAAAAGCAUGUCCCGAUAGAAUUGGCAGUAGCAUACUAGUGUCAAAAACAAUCCAAACCUUGAACAUACUGAGGUUGGUGCCAGGACCAGUUAACAUAAUUCGCUAGUGUUGCUCCAUAAUCAGUACAUUGUAAGAGGCCUAUUCAACAAUUAACCGCUGUUUGUUUAUUAAAAACACUCAAUCAGAUAAAAAUUAUAUGCAUUUGAAAACUACGUAGUUCCUCUAUUUUUUCACAUAAUUGCCAUCAAGAUUUAAGCACUUAUCAUAAUUUUUUACUAAGAAAUGCCUUCUUCAAAAAAAUCUGCCACUUGUGCCUUAGGUGAAAGCGUCGGAGUUCAUCGUCGUGAUGGAAAUGCUGAGAGCCAAACCAUUUGUUCAUGGUCAUAACCUAGCAAUUUAUCCGAAAGCUUAGAGAUUGUGACAUGUCAAUCUUUUCCAACUGUUUCAUUGAGUUUGUCAACAAGUUCAUCACUCACCACUGAUGGCCUGCCGCUCCUUUCUUUGUCAUGGAUGUUUCUUUGUCAAGUUUUAAAGAAACAAAGCCAUUCACGUACAGUGCCUUCACCCAUAAUGGCACAAAGUUCCUAAAUAUUGUUUUGCAAUAGCAAUAAACCUAAUUACAGCAUGCAUUUCGCAUUUUGUGAGAAACUCAGUUGCGGUACACAUUUUACAAAGCUAUAGAAAUUAAACGAGUCCUCAAACAAUGUUGUAAUUGCCAUGGAGAGAGCACUACCCCCACUACUAACAGUACUCUAAGCGAACGGCGGUUACUUUUAGAAUAGCCCUUGUUGUUUCAGAUCUGGUCAUAGGAUCACGCUGUGAACUUUGUUCCAGUGAGACUUCUGUUACAUAUGUUAGUACAAUGUAAAUAUGACACUAAAUGUUAAAAUGUUUGCUCCCUGGUAUGUAAUGUAAUGUCUGAGUCUUAUGUAUAAACAAUUAGAUCGUAAAAUAAGUGGACUUUGGAUGUUUCUGCAGCAAUAUUUUAUUUUGUUUUUGAAACAAGUUUAAAUAAAUAUUAAAUAUUGAACAACUAAAA